AUUUGUAUGACAAACUUCUGAAUAGGUCCGAGCUAAAUCAUUCUCCAUCCUUCAAAUUUGGAUAUACGAGGUUAAAUUUGUUGGAAAGAACGACAGAACCUGAAAAGGACUGAGUUCAUAGACAAUCGGUGUCUAUAAACGAUAAAAUAUGUCAAUCGAGGUACCGGGAAAAUUUAUUGGGUUUCCGAACAAAAUCUAGAUGUUCGUUGGUUCUUUCACUGCUCUUGCCCUUGUUCUCCCCUCAUUUUACCUUUCUUUCACUUUUGCAUGGCCUCAAACCUUUUAAAAUGUUCCCCCUUCUCUCUGAUUCGCCAGACGCUGGAGAAUGUUCCUUUUUGUCUCCCUCUCUCCCUCACUCCCUCACUCCCUUUUCCUCUCCAUCUCUGAUUAGAUACACUGAUUCUUCAUUCAAUGGACGUCAUUUAGUACAGUCUCUGCCUUGAGUUGCUUCCUCGCUUCACGCUCGAUUUCCAACUAUUCUUCUCUUAUUAAGUAUUCGUGUAAUAUUAAUAGUCAUGAAUAUAUUGUAUUAGGAAACUAAGCGGAGAAGCAGACCGCUGCUAAUAUGAGCUCAAGCGAGGCAACAGCUCAGUGACAGAACCAGAAGAAGAAGGAUAUAAGAAAGUUCGUAUAAUAAUCCGCAAGACAAAAUACUGAAUUUUAAAAAUCAAAUGAAGGGCAAAAGGAAUUUAACCAAAUUCUGAUGGAUUACCGCGCCCCGACAGUGCACGUUUUAACGCUGACGUUCUGAUUUUGCAGUAGCGGCGUUUUGGGUUAUUUUGUUUGGUCUUAUUUAUUUUCGUUGUUUUAUCAGCGUUUUUGUAAAAGCUUUCUGCUUGAAAUAACCGAACAGCUUCGCAGAUGUUAGUGCACAGUUUUUCCGCAAUGGAUCGUCACGACGGCACCAGCAAUGGGACAGCCAGGUUACCUCAGCUGGGGAGCGUGGGUCAGUCUCCGUAUGCAAGCGCCCCACCGCUCUCCCACACUCCGAACUCCGACUUCCAGCCUCCCUACUUUCCUCCACCUUACCAGCCCAUCUAUCCCCAGUCUCAGGACCCUUACUCGCACGUCAACGACCCCUACUCCUUGAACCCUCUUCACGCUCAGCCGCAGCCGCAGCACCCGGGCUGGCCGGGACAAAGGCAGAGCCAGGAGAGCAGUUUGCUGCAUCAGCAUCGCAGCUUACCCCAUCAGCUGUGUAGGGACUACCGGAGAGAAGUGCUACUGCCGUCGGGUCACGGAAUUGACUCUGGACUCACAGAUUCUAUCCCUAUCCAUGGAAUACCUCAUUCUUUAGAUGAUGUACAGCAUGUCGAAGAUCAAGGAUUACACAUCCCAGACCAGACUGUAAUUAAGAAAGGUCCUGUUUCUUUAUCCAAGAACAACAGCAAUGCCGUGUCUUCGAUACCUAUAAAUAAGGACGGUCUUUUCGGCGGAGUGGUGAAUCCGAACGAAGUAUUCUGUUCUGUUCCGGGUCGCCUGUCGCUUCUCAGCUCAACAUCGAAAUACAAAGUCACGGUGGCAGAAGUGCAGAGACGCCUGUCUCCGCCGGAGUGCCUGAACGCCUCUUUGCUGGGUGGUGUGCUCAGGAGAGCCAAAUCCAAAAACGGCGGAAGGUCUUUACGAGAAAAGUUGGAUAAGAUUGGAUUAAACCUACCAGCAGGCAGACGCAAGGCGGCAAAUGUUACGUUGUUGACGUCACUAGUCGAGGGCGAAGCAGUGCAUCUCGCCAGAGAUUUUGGUUAUGUGUGCGAGACUGAAUUUCCAGCCAAAGCAAUGGCUGAAUAUGUAAACCGUCAGCAUUCUGACCCAAAUGAACAAGUCCAAAGAAAAAACAUGCUAUUGGCAACAAAACAAAUCUGCAAGGAAUUCACAGACCUGCUUUCCCAGGACCGCUCGCCCUUGGGGAAUUCCCGGCCGCAGCCUAUUCUCGAGCCCGGGAUUCAGAGCUGUUUGACACACUUCAGCCUCAUUUCCCAUGGAUUCGGGACCCCGGCCUUGUGCGCCUCCCUUACGGCGUUACAGAACUACUUGACAGAAGCGAUUAAGGCCAUGGACAAAAUGUACCUGAACAAUAACCCCAACAGCCACUCAGACAGCGGCACUAAAAGUGGAGAUAAGGACGAGAAGCACAGAAAGUGAUUUCACCGCCAACAUAUACAUAACAUAUAUCUUCAUCAAGAAGUUACGUGCCAAUUUCUGAUAUUGUGAUUUUUCUGUUUUACCACAAAUCGACUACGGAUUCACUAGAAGUGACAACUUUCCUACCAGAAAAGGAAGAGUGCGUGAAAAGCGCAGAAGACCGUUUCGGAUUGAAGGCUCUGUGCCACAUUGGGGGGCUUCCUCUGUAUGCCUUCUUCUUAUGAGCUAUAUCGGACUGAUAUUUAGCAACCCCCCCCCCAUCUCGAUUUACGGUCGUAGCCGUGUGAACAAAGAAAAAGAUGAUGAAUAUUAUCAGUAUUGUGAAUAAAAUGUCAUGACUUAAGCUGUACACUAAUUCCUGGCGACCAAUUUGAACUCUGAAUUCCAACACGAUUCACUGUUAUGUAAGGGAAUCUGUGUUCUGCUAUGGAUAUAUUUAUUUAUGUGUAAUUUAAUGGGAAUUGUAAAUACGGUGCGUCUGUUGAAACUUUUUUUAUUUAUCUGGUGCCUCCUGUUUUAGUGGGUUAAUUAUUAUAUUAGUUUUUCAUGUGGUUUUAUGGUUAUUAGAAAACAGAAGUUGGGGUGUUUUGGGGAUACUUCCAUUCACUACGCUUGUAGCAUGCCGAGGCGACAUUGAAGCAAAUUUAAUAUUAAUUAGUUUUCCUUGUCUCGAUUGUUCAUUCUUACUGCGUACAGUUUUUGCUGAAUGACGCAAAGCAAGACCCAGACGACAAUAUGAACUGGAUUUUUUUAUUUUAUAUAUGUAUUUUUAAUUAUUCAGACCUCUGUGUUGUGCCAACUUGAACUCUUCACCUAUCGUUCUUCCCUUGAAGCACCAUAAAAGCAAUAAAUUGAUAUUGUCUUUCGAUUUUUUUUUUAUUUGAAUCAGUUAAAAAUCUGAUCUGGGGCCAUCUGAUAUCUACACGUCCAAUGUACCCAUCGGAGGUUUAAGGUGUCUUGUAUAGACCUAAGCUGGCAAUGGAUCCCUUGCCUGUUAAUGUAUUAUAGUCCUUUGUUGCCCAGAAAAAUAAAUAUUUGAUACGCUUCA